UCAGUCACCCUGCCCUCGGUCCUCUUGCCAAGAGGUUUGAAUUGGGUGAAAUGAAGAGCCUUUCUUGACGAGGGAUUAUGGCUGAACUGAGAUGUCACAGAGAACAGUUUUAUGUUCUCAAACCCCUCCACUUCCAGGCUUUUUCCUCCCAUGGCUAAGGUGUGAUGUGGUGUUUCAGUGGCUGUUCAGAAGGGAAGACCGGACAGGUUUGGAAAUACCUCCACGUGCGUUCAAGAUUAUCCUGAUUUUAUUUCAUUGCCUUUCUUUGCAGGUAUUCUCAGGAUGAAGCUGUGCGACUCUCGGGCAGCAUCGUAACCCUUCCUCGGACAGCGCGACUGACACAAUCCAGCCAGUCUUGCAGGAGGGGAGAUCUUGACGUGUGUCCUGUCGCCCUGUCGUCGUGCUCAAUUAUCAGCCGUUCUGGAUUAUCAGCCGUUCUGGCCUGGGCUUCCGUCGGGGUCGGGGGGCGCCAAUGUUUUCCUCCGCAGCCGAAAGAGACAAAUGGGGACUUCGGUUUGACUCCCUCCCUUCCACGUCGUCGGGGGUCUCCCAGGCAAAUGCAACCGGUCGGAAAAGGAAAGCCAACUUCUCCAACGACGAGACGGAGACGCUGGUCUGGAAUGUAGUCCGGCAUUUCAGCGCCCUGUAUGGUUCCGAGUCGUUCCGGGCCCAUCCCGUCCGGCGGAAACAGCUCUGGACCCAAAUCCAGAGCCGCGUUAACUUCCUCGGCUACACAGAACGCUCCAUCGACGACCUGAAACACAAAUGGAGAGACCUGAGGUUAGACGUCAAGAAGAAGAUCACGGCCAAGAAGCCUCCACCACUCCAUCGGCCAGGGCCCCCUCACAAACCCAGGCUCACCCCGCUGGAGAAGAUGGUGGCUUCCACGUUCCUGCAGCCCACGCACGACUCCGAGCCUGAGAUUGUCUUGGAUCCAGAGAUUUUCUUCCCGGGAGCAUCGAAGCCGUCCUUCCUGCCCAUGCAGCCUGGGGUCGGCCCCCUCAGCAUCUACAUCGACACCAACGGCCAGCCUUCCUCCUUGCCCGAGAUGGAGCCCCGCCUGGGGGUCCGGAGUCCCAACCGCUCCGUGAUUUGCGACUACAGCAGGGGAGAAGGGCAGAGCAGUUCAGCUGAGUCCGGACCAGAACUGCGGACCCCAGACCGGUCGGCGGUCUCUCCCCCGAUGAGGAACGAAUCCCUCGUCUCUUACGCGUCUGAGGAUGAUGAGCGAGAGGGCCGCGAGGCGGAGGGCAGGGCUGGGUUUCCGCCCGGUCUGGAGCCCUCGCUCUCUGCCGAGGAAGACGGGAAGGUCUGCGGCCGCCAAGCGAUGCUCCUCCAGAGAUGCAGCUCUCAGGGGUCGGUGGCGUCCGUUCCAGAGGAGACCCUCGGCCGCGCGGAUCCCCCUUCCGACUGGGGCCACGAGGGGCCCUCGGACACCCCGGCCCUGAGCCGAGGACUCAACCCCUCUCAGCCGGAGGAGGAAGAGGCUGCUGGCCGUAGCGCCGAGCCGGGCUCCUUGCCCCGAGGGCGGAUGGGGCCUACGUGGGAGAAAGAAGAUGAGGAGGCGCCGGCCCGGUCCCCUGUCCAUGCCGGGGCGCUCGCCGAGGAGUCCCUCCCUUCCUCCGCGUCGCCUCAGGCCGAGCCGGUGCCGGUUUCGCAGCCCUUGCCCCGGGGAAUGGGGUAUUCCCGCCCGCGGGAGGGCAGGCGCGAGGCCUGGAGGACUAACAUCCAUCGCUUGAUGGACAUGGAGGACCAGUGGGACCAGCUGUACCACCAGGAGUUGGCCAUGUGGCAAGAGGAGCGGGCCCAGCAGCGCGAGGAGCGGGCCCGGGACCGGGAGCUCCAGUUCCGGCUCCUGGCCGUCCUCACCGACAUCCGUGACGAACUGAGGCACUUGCGCCAGGAGCGGGCGGCCGCCCAACAGGAGAAGGCGGCGAGCCGGCAGGAACAGGCGUCACAAACUGUCCCACCAGCCACAGUGGCCGAACCGGACGCCUCCCCUCCAAGACCCGAGGGCCCCCCUCCAGAGAUCUCUCCCGAGACCCCCACUCUCUUCUCCCCUCUCAAA